CACUGAUUUGCUUUCUCUGAGUUAGAGCACAGGCUGUUAAGGCGUUUGGAUGUUCAAGCAAACCAAUAUCAUGAAACUACUGUUAUUCUUUCUCCUUUCCAUUCUCAUAGUUAAAUCUCGAGCUGCGGCCGAUUAUGAUGAAGAGGAUGAUGACGCACCAACGGUUGCAGGUGAGCAAGUAGAUGCACGAGGUCACAGGCCACUAAAAAGAACGGAGUCAUAUCAGCCUAUCAGACCGGCUCCUCUUCCUCCCAGUGGUGGCUUCAGAUAUCGAGCUCGUCCAACAAAACCGCCUACUAGUGGCCAAAAGAAAGGCCCAAUUGUUUAUCCUGACUAUGGCGGUUGCAGACACAUGGCAGAGGAGCUGGGAGUAUUGUGUCCAACUGGAUGUGAGCUGCGAACUGAACUGAUAAAACAGGAAAAGGCUGUGAAGCCAGUUGUUCAGGAGCUAACAGACAAAGUGAAGAAGCUAGAGCAAUCCUCUUUAUCUAUCUAUAGUUACACUAAUACAUUGGAUGAGCGUCUAGCACAAAGACAGAAAAAAAUAAAAGAUAAUCAGAAUGUAAUUACUGAAUACAACAAAGAGGUUGAGGAGCACUACAACUUCAUUAAAGAUAACUUGGAAAAAAACCUUCCAUCUACCCUACGACUAUUUCGUGCAAUUGUGGAUUCUUUACACGAUAAACUAUCAAAAUUGGAUGAUACUCUGACAACCCAGUUGACAGAGUGCCGCACUCCUUGUUCGGUGUCAUGCAACAUACCUGUGGUUUCAGGAAAAGAGUGUGAAGACAUAAUUAGGAAAGGAGCUGAAACAUCUCAGUUGUACCUUGUUCAACCUGAUCCUUUCUUCAAACCAUACAGAGUUUAUUGUGACAUGACAACAGACAAUGGAGGUUGGCUUCUUAUUCAGAACCGGCAAGAUGGCAGUGUUGGCUUUGGAAGAACAUGGGAUGCGUAUAAAAAAGGAUUUGGAAAUAUUGCAUCCAGUGGUGGAAAGAACUACUGUGACACUCCAGGUGAAUAUUGGCUUGGAAAUGAGAAAAUCAACCAGAUUACCAAACUUGGCCCCACGGAAAUUUUAAUUGAAAUGGAAGAUUGGGCUGGUACUAAGGUCAAAGCGCAAUAUGGAAGAUUCGGCAUUCAGAGUGAAGCAAACAAGUACCAGCUCUCAGUUAGUGACUAUAAAGGUACUGCAGGAAAUGCCUUGCUAGAUGGAGCACAUCAGCUGACUGGAGAGAACAGAACAAUGACCAUUCACAAUGGCAUGUUCUUCAGCACCUUUGACAGAGACAAUGAUGGAUGGAUAACCCCAGACCCCAAAAAACAGUGUUCUAAGGAAGAUGGUGGUGGCUGGUGGUACAAUCGCUGCCAUUCUUCCAAUCCUAAUGGCAGAUACUACUGGGGUGGACAUUAUACUCCAGAGAUGGCAAAGCAUGGAACAGACGAUGGAAUUGUAUGGAUGAACUGGAAAGGGUCCUGGUAUUCAUUGAAGAAAAUUAGCAUGAAGAUCAGGCCAGUUGUCCAAACAGUGUGAUCGUGAUAUAAACAGUGACAACAUUUUGUGCUCACAUCUGUUUCAUGAUAUGUAAACUUUACUUUACACCAGAGCAGUAAAACAACAAAAGCAAAGUGAGUAGCAUGUUCGUAUGAAGGAAUAAAAUGUGUUACUGUUUAGAACCAUUGCAAUUCUACAAUGUAAAGAAUACAAUAAAAAUACAAUGAAAUAAAGCAUUUGAAACACAUCAAACAGAAGUUCAUAAUAAAAUGUUUAUUGAGUGUAAAAAAAUUAGGUUUCCAAGUGUGAUUGCUAUAGGAGCAAAACCUGCCCUUGAGAGUGAACUCACCUUAUGAAAUUUGAACAAAAACUGAUUUUAUCCAAAUCUGGUCAAGCAUUCCCUCCAUGAGGAUAGGAUUUAAAAACUUUAUUCAAGCUGUAGAAAAGAUAGGACAGUUCAACAAAUAAUGAAGGAAUUCCUCCAUCAGUCCACUGUUACUUGGUGCAAUCCGCUGAAACAUUCUCAUUAAAAUACUUUUCUGAAAAGGCAUUUAA